GACGGGCUCUGGAGGAGCGAUGCUAACUUUUAACUGCCCUCAGCAGCGCGAGCGGUCCGCAGAGAACACUCACUGAAGAAGAAACGAUACUGAACGUCGAAGGAACGUUAUGGAAUGGUAUCAGUUUCCAUGAAAGCACUGGAUCACUCCCUAAAGCAAGACCUUCUCUUAAAACGUAAGACUUUUUCGCUACGGGAAACCCUACAAAGACACAGAACCUAAUUUUAUUUUGAAAGAGACUUUGAAAGGACCAGUAUAAUGUAUUUCAUUCAUGAAACAUUGGAAACAUUGAAAUCUCUUCAUUAUAAAUGUAAAAAGUGAGCUCCUGGAUUGCCUGUGUAAAAAUAGAAAAAAAAACCAGAACAUUUUGUGGUUGAAUAUGAAUCUUUAAUGAACUGAAUUGGACAGUUAUUUUCUUUGUCACAGUGUUAAAGAGCUGCUUUGCUGAGCUGUGGGACAAACACUAUUUUUUCUGAUCUGUGAUGAAAGAGAGAGACUAAAAGAGCCUUGUGUGCCCUAGAGGAAUCUCUGCAUAAUAACAAAGCUUGUAAACAGGGGAAUGAAAAACAACAAAACCAACUCAAUUUUUUUUUAAGCCAGCUAAUAGAACGUUUGUAAUAAUAUUAUUACUACUGUUACUGUUAUGCUUAUGGUAUUGUAGUAUGUGGUAGGUGAUCCAGAGCUCACUGGUUUCAUUUCUACUCUUUGUCCUGCCACUCACUCAUAUUCUUCCCUCCACCCCAUUCUAGCCACAGUCCCUCAACACCCUUUCCUCUCUGUAUGCUCUACACUCCACUUGCCUCAUCCAUAAAUUCAUCCAUUACCCUUCUCCCCAUUGGUCUCAUCUUUUCUUAGACAUCCCUGCCACCGACUUUUGUUUAUAUAUAUAUAAUAUAAAAUCUACCCAUAGCCACUUUUCCCAUACUUUUAGUCUUUAUUCUUGUCAAACCCCCUGUCCACACUGGCGGGCACCAUUCCGCCCAAAGGAGAGGAGGACUUCCUUGCGCUGGCUGCCUCCCAGCUCAGCCGACGCAAACGUGUUAUUGGUGCGGCCGUGGGUGUGGCCAUGGUUCUCAUUCUCUUGGUUGCGAUACCUUUACUGGUGCACAGCACUAAAGGGGGAGGAGCUGGAAAUGCAGGAAGUCAUUAUGAAAUGCUUGGCAGUUGUCGGAUGGUCUGUGACCCCUACACCCCUUCACAACAUGGCCAGGAAUUGACGGCUGUCUCCCCACCGCCACCAGAUUUCACAAGUCGAAGGGGAAAAUCUGGAUACAGAGGGCCUCCAGGGAUCCCAGGACCACCUGGCCCACGAGGACCCCCUGGAGAGCCUGGAAAGCCUGGUCCGCAAGGACCCCCAGGACCUGGUCCUAAUGGUUAUGGUUCGUCAUUCUACAGCCCGAAGAUUGCUUUCUAUGCAGGCCUCCGCAAACAGCAUGAAGGCAGUGAUGUGCUUAAGUUUGAUGAUGUUGUCACCAAUGUGGGCAACUACUAUGAACCUAGCACAGGAAAGUUUACUUGUCCCCUCCCUGGCAUCUACUACUUCACCUACCAUGUUCUCAUGAGGGGAGGAGAUGGAACCAGCAUGUGGGCAGACCUCAAGAAAAAUGGACAGGUGAGGGCCAGCGCCAUUGCCCAAGACGCAGAUCAGAAUUAUGACUACGCCUCCAACAGCGUGAUCCUGCAUUUAGACGUUGGGGACGAGGUGUGCGUACAGCUGGACGGCGGCAAAGUCCACGGGGGAAACACCAACAAAUAUAGCACCUUCUCCGGGUUCCUCAUCUACCCCGACUGACUCCCCUCCAAACCUGCCACUCCUUCACCCCAUGAUGCUGCUCAAAACAUUCAAAAACACUCUCUCCUUUACGUUCACACACAUACAUACACACACACAUACGUACAUGUACUGAAAAGACUUGAAAAGAGGGACAUGCACAUGGUUUGAUGCUGACUGGAAGAAGGGCUUCACAGACAGACUCAGACAGUCUCUUCAACUUUCAUUGAGCAAGUGCAUUUUCUGACAUAUUGUUUGUAUGUGUAUGCAAGGUAUGGUUAAAACAAUAUGCUUCAUGUAUACACCUUCAUUGAUCCAAAAAAGUGUAAAAUAGAUGUUGCAUAUAGGAAUAUAUCUACUGGAGUGUUACCCUCCCUGUUCCUGCGUUCGCAGCAGUAAGUGUACCUGUUUUGAUGUCCAGUCAUUUUUGUGCCACCAGAUUUAAUUCACUUCAGUGAGAUUCAGUGUAUUCCGAUUUUUGCUGGAGGAUAUUCGGUGAGAAUUGUUUCGCAGGGGUUAUUUUCACUAACAAGCCCACUGAUUGGAUAGCGUUGCGCAGCGGGAAUUCAAUACAAUGACAUAUAUAUAUGCGCACACACACCACUGUGGGCCCUGUGAUUAAUCUAAGUCCCCCAGUUCAAUUAAUUUGACUUAAAGCGACCGCUUUGGCUGUCUGUGUGGAAUUGAAAAUAUGGUCUGUGUGCGUGGACAUACACGGGACGGGAUCGAACACACAAUGGCUGGCCACGACUCUGAGCUGCGUGAGCAUGGAUUUCCAAUAUGUCUAAGCACACCAGUCCAGACUAAAACAUGAAUACAUUGACGUCUCUAGCCUGACGCCAUUCAGUGUCUUGAUCGGAUGAUUUUUACUAUUAAUUAAAGUAAAAAGAGAUGGUUUUAAUUUUUGUGUUUACAGCUACAUAUUAGCAUUAUCUACAAUAUGCAAAAGUGUGGUAAACCAGCUUCUUUUAAAGUAGAGACACCUGGUUUUUUACAUGUUUACCACAUGAUCUGAUGGCCAAAUAAAUGAAUUAAUUAUGAAAAAAUGGAACGAUAGAAUACCUAUGAUAUAUUUAUUUAAAUAUUUAUUGAUAUACAUGCAUCAUAACUAUAAAAUCACAAUGUAAUUAUUUACACAGCACUAGUUACAUUGCUGAUAUUAUGUGUCUCUUAAUGGCACUGUUGUAAAUUGAUAAAUAUUAUAACUAAGAACACUUCCCAGAUCAUCUACAAAGAAUACAGAUAUGAUAAUAGCUAUUUUGUCUCAAUUUAAAUAAUUGAAGCUUUAUUUAUAAGUGAUCGGGGUCAGGCAAUAUUGUUUUUUUUGUAAACUGAUUAUGUAAUAGAUUAUAUCUAAAUGGCAUGGAAGAAAUGUUUUUUCCUCCUAACAUUUCAGGCUGGCCCGAGUUUGUUUGUGUGAGUUGUGAGUGACAGUGUCUUCCGUUGUGUGCAGAAAUGCUUCAUUGAUGAGGAAUCUCAGCGUCUUAACUGUCUUUUAAAUUGCGUGCCAUUCCACACCUAUUUAUGGCUGAUUGUGGAAACCUUAUAGUAAUUCUGUACAAGGCCUGGUAGGGGUUUGUCACAAGACAAGUCAAGCCAUGUGCAAAUACACAACAAACAGACACAUCAAUACAUCUCAAAAUCGAGCCACAUCUUCUCUUCAUAAAACAAGUCUAUAAUAAAGAAUGUUCAAAUAUCA